AUGCUUGUCUCGUCUGUAUUCAAAAAUGCCCUUACGCCUGAUGAGCAGCAGGCAAUACCAGAAUCGUUGCUCAAUAAGCUUUGCGAGGAAAUGGUUUUGUAUGAAGAAAUGACUAAAAAUAGGGUGAAGGAGCUGGAGAAAAAGGUAGAGCUUUGUGAGGAGAUUAUAAAUGAUCUGAAUAAAAAGUUAGUCAAGCAAUCUGUGGAAAUGACGGAGAUAAAAAGCUCAUUUACACUUGCAGAAAGAUAUAACGAGAUGUAUUCCCAAGAAGUCAAGUCUUUGAAGGACGAGGUUGCAUACUAUAAAGCAAAUGUUAAUGGAAACAACAGAGGAGUAAAAGCUUUUGAAGAGGAUGAAGUGAAUAAGUUUCGAAGGAUAGAUGAGGUGGUUAAGGAGAAAGAAGAGCUUGAGAACAGAAUGGAAGCCCUUCAGAAGAAAUGCGUGGAGUUAGAGAGGUGCAACAAGAAACUUGUAGAAAAAGUUCUGGAUCAAAAAAACCAGGUAUCAUAUUUGUUGAGGAAGGUUCCUAGCUCUGAUGGAGGCAGGGACAGCCUAGAGCUUGUCAAACUCGUUCAGAAGCUUUCGAAAAAAAAUGAGGAAUUAGAGCAAGCACUGGGGUCUGGAGGGAAUUCCUCUUCACUUCUAAAAUCGAAUAUCGAGGAGAACAUUGAAGCCGAAAAGGAGUACAAGAGAAUGAGAGAGGAGCUAUAUGAGAUGAAAAGAAACGGGUGCAUACUAGAACUUGAAUAUAACAAGGUAUUCAAAGAGAAGAAUGAAUUGUACAACCAGCUCAUCAGGAACAGUGAGGAAAAAAAAGUGAUGCAGAGACACAUUGAUGAGAUGAAAGAGGAGAUUAUAUGUUUGAAGAUUGAUUUGAAUAAUACAAAGAUGAAGAAUACGAUAUUGGGGGAUGCCUCCCAAAAGCUCGGUGAAAUGAACAACGAGAUAAUUCGCAGCAACUUCAUAAUAAAGGAUAGUAGAAAUAAGAUAAGAGAGCUAAAAGCACAGCUGGCAGAGAGUGAAGAAAGAUAUAACAGGUACAUCCUUGAAGACAGAACCAAUGUUGUGGCUGUUAUUGGGCGAGAGAUUGAGGGAAUCAAAAGAAAACUUGAUACUAACUUCAAACAAAUCUAUGACAUAGAGGACGGUUUCAAAAAGGCCAUGGAAGAACAACGGAGGCUCAAAGACUUAUUCCAUAUAUAUGAACAAGAGUGUUCUGAUCUCAGAAAAAAGAACAAGAGUCUUAUUGAUAAUUCUGAUGCUAUGGCAGGAAAAAUAAGGUGGGAUGAAGAAAAGGUUAAGGUGCAUUGUAAUAUUUUAAAAGGGUUAGGAGAAGAAAUGAGAGAUGUCUACGAAUUUAUCGGUGUAAUCGGAGAGGAUUUCAUGGGGUUUAUUGACAUCAUUGGAAGGUUCAUGGUUUUUGAAAGAGAAAGAGCAUCGUUUAUUGAAAAGAUAUACGAGGAGUUGAGCAAUGCAGGCAAACUUCUUGAAGAAAGAGAUCAGGUGCUGCAUUCGCUGAUGGAGAACCAUAGCGAAGAACCUAUUGCGUUUUUAGAGAAAGAACGGGAUAUUUUGAAGCAAGAAAAUAUAUUUCUUCGAAACAAGAUAGAAAGCCUAGGAGAUUCAUCCGAUCUUCUGGAGAAGAUAAGCAACUUAGAAGAAGAAAAUAAUUAUAUCAAGGGACAGCUCUUGUCGCUAAAAAAAGCUUAUGCGUCUGAGAAGGAGGUUGUGUCUGGGCAAGUGCUUGCACUAAACGAGAAGGACUACAGAUGCAAUUUGCUUCAAUCUGAUGUAGAUCAAGUACUUCAGGAUAAUCUUUCUCUAAAGAAUGAGUUGCAGAUGGCAAGAAAGGAAAUAUCUAAUAAUUAUGCAGCAAUUGAUAAAUAUAAAAUUAUUAUCGAGAAACUCAAAAAAAUCAAAGAUGCAUAUCUAGAGCUCAAGGAUGAAUUCCUAAGAAAAAAGAGCCAAGAAGAAUGCGUGGAGGGAGAAGGAAAUAGCACUGGGAGUCCAUCCGGGGUUUGUAAUUCACCUUUGAAACAGCCUACAGAUGAAAAUAAUAGCAAAACAACAGAUGGGGAUAAGGCACUAGAAAAAAAAGAAAAUCAUAUUAUAAAGAAUAUGGAUGCAAAAGAAGAGCCGGACCUCAGUUUAGAAAGCAAAACAGAACAUAAUCCUAUUUCAAAUGAAGACAGUAGCAAAGGCCAUCCAGGAAGGAACAAGAGAUCUGGAAGACCUAGUGAAGAGCCUAGACAAGGAUAUCAACAAAAAAGAACCUAUGGUGACAGAAGGAGAGGAUGGUCAACCUAUGAAGUCAAAAGAAACAAGGAUAGGAGAAAUUAA